UUGCUGUCAAACAUUUUCGGCUUUAAAGCCUUUAAAUGUUUGAAUAGUCUAUUUCGCACUUACACACCACUUAAAACCUUAAAUUAUUCCGUUUAGAAGGGACUACACUAUGGUAGAUUGAUCACCGAUCGAUUGGGAACGAGUGCGAGGGAUUGUGCGGCAAAAUGGCGUCAAGCGAGAGUCAAACGCAGAAGCUCAUCGGUCUGUAUCGCUCCUGCGAGUGUCUCUGGAAUCAGCAAUCUCCAGGAUACCUUAGUGGUACUGUGCAGGAGGAUGCCUGGCGAAAGAUCACGCGAGGAAUGAACUGUGGUUUGACUCUCGACCAGGUUAAGCUCCAGGUGUUGGCCCUGCGGACCUACUACGAUGCAGAGUGUGCCGCCAUCCGGCAAAACAAACUGGAGGGAUGCAGCUAUGAGCCGCGACAUCCCUACUUUAAGGACCUGCGCUUCUUAGGCAGCGUUCUACCCGAAGAGACCGAGGAGUCAAAGGUUAGCUUCUGCCUGGGUCAAUUGAACGGUAUACUGGAGGAUUCGCUUAUCCAGGACGACUAUAACCUAAUUAAAAGAGAUUAUCCGCCAAACUUUUCAGAGGCCACCUUUUGCCAGGGUACAGCUUCCUUGUGUAGCCGAACCAAAGAUACUAAGCCCGAUUACACCUUUUAUAAGCUGAUUCUGGAACCAGAGAAGCCAUCAACCCCUCAGGAUAAGGAAAGUGGGGCUGUUAUUGGAAAGCUCAAUGAAAGAUCCGUCUCCGGCAAUGAUAACCCCAGAUGGUAUCCCACGUCCUAUUGUGAGCCGUGUAAGAAGCCCGAGUGCUGCCGGAGAGACCCAUGCCUUUUAACCGACUCAGAAAGUUGCUGUUCAACGGUGGAUAGUGUACCUUGUGUACCUUGUGGCAGGCUCAGAAAUCAUCAAGCUCAGAGGGGCUCUUCGUGCUCGUCGAGAAGCGUGCUCUCCCAGUCCGAAAGUUGCUGUCUAUCAACCGGAAGCAAUGCAUACACAUGCCGCAAUCCGUGGCCAAGGCCCAGACCUUGCUGUCAACCCCGCCCCAAAUAUGUUCCCAGGCCCCGGAGAGACCCUAUGGAAACAGGCAAAGACAAAUCUUGCUGCGGCUACCAGUGGAGGCGGAACAACGAUGCCGUCGGCCGACGCCGACGACAGGAAGCCCGGAACCCACCGUGCUGCUACAAUACACAUGACCGCCGGCUGUCUGGCGAGGACCGAAUGAAUCUAGGCCCACAGAAAGGGACGCCGCAGAACAACUACCAGCCGCCCAUUGGUUCACCUGGCAUUGACACCAACCAGCAGGAUCCGGAUUGCGGUUGCUAUGAUCCGCAAGAACCAAAUCAAGGAAACUACUUCGACAACCAGCAAGCACCGGAAGCAAAUACUUACAUGAAUAACCAGCAAAUGCAGGAUCCUGGUCGCUACAAUAAUGACCCGCAAAAUCAAAGAAUAUAUUCGAACGAAAGGUUUCCACCAAUGCAACCCGCCCAGACAGCCUACUACGACCCGCAGCAGCAGUUCAACCAGAGUCCUACGAGCCCGCCGCAGCCCAAGAGCUUCACUAAGUCAAGCCAGCAGUACGGCAAUGCGAAUUAUGUGCCCUACCAGCCGGUAAAUGAUUACGGCCGACCUUUAUCUUCGGAUCAGUCGAACGUUUACAACUAUGGUGUGGAUAACACAUAUCGUGAAAAACUUCAGUCGGCAGCUCCAGUGCCUGCGACGUGCCUUCAGGACUGUCCGGCUCCCUGUGGUACUUUAGGACCCCCGGAUCUGGAUAAUAGGUACCCAGCUAACCCUAGCAUGUAUACCGAGCAGCCGGCAGUAAUAGCAAACGGACAGCGGGAAGACUAUGAACCUCGAUUUUAUCCUAACAAUAAAAAAGAUCUCCAAUGGCAACCAGACGAUGACCGUAAAAAUACCCAAUCCCGAAGAGGUAGCCAAAAUCAAGGUAAAUACCCCAACGACCAGCAGAGGAGGAGGUCAAAUGACUAUGAUCAAGAUGUUGAUAGAGUGGAUCGUGUCCCCAGAACUCAAACCAAAUCCAAUGACUAUGUGGAAGAUAAUACUAUAAGUCCCGAAUUUUAUGAUGAGAUUAAAAAUUUCAGGACACCUCGCAAUACUGGUAUAGAUAGGAAUUAUGAAGAGUUCCCCGCCGGAGGGAAACCAAACAUGGCAGAAAGAGAAGUGUGUCGUCCUGACUGUAACUAUGAAAAGUGCCCUUCUCCGAGGCGACGGAGACCUGAUGAUUAUAAUGAUUAUUCCGAGACUCUGACCAACAGAUCCCCGGGCACUGAGACACCUCAGAGAAUAGACUCAAGAAAACCCACUCCUAAGUCUCCAAAGAAGACAAAGAAAAUUGAUUAUGUGGAGUGCAAAAACCCGGACUGCCAGCGUCCAAAACAAGCAACAAAGAACUACAAUGGUUCCCAAGAGCGUAAUUCUUUUUCAGUACCCGUGGCGGAUAUGCAGUAUGUGCCAUGUCCAGCUUAUAAUCGCCAGAAUCCAAAGGAAUACCCUUAUUACAGUCAACCGAACCAAAAUUGGCAGGACGGCGACGAUAGGAUUGAUGCGAACAGAAAACCUCCCUCAAGGAGCUGGGACUACGAAGAUGACAGAAAACCAACUGCCAGGGAUCGAAGUAGACCCCCUCCAGAAGAAAUCGAAAGCGAAUUCGAAUCGGAUAGGGAGAGGAUGGCCCCUCCCAAACGCAGGACAAGAAGAUCUUACGAUGAAAAAGUCCCCAAAAACAGGCAAGAUCGGGAUGUGGAGAAAGGAAAGAAAAAAAGGGAAGUUAUGGAGACUUGUUGCAACGAUGACACGUGUCCAUACAGAUAUCAAGAAAAGUCCUACGAUGACGAUAGGGAGGCGAAGAAAAGCUCUAGAAAUAAAUCUCCGACAAGAAAGAGUCAUCGGCCUGCGGACGAUGCCGCAGACUACGAAAGACCCAAGAAGAGUUCCUCCUCUCCAAAGAGAUCGAAGAAAAAGAAAGCUCCCAUGGACGUCGACAAUUGCGAAUGCUCUACAGAUGAUAAUAAUUAUGACCAGGGAGGAUAUGGUAGAUACGAUCAGUACGGCGAUGAAGAACUUGUCGGUCGCUCGUCCAGAAGAACUAGCAGGAAUGAACCUUAUAAGAAUAAUGCCACACUUCAGAGGGGAUAUACUGAUAAAGACGAGGAUUCUUUGUUUUAUGACGAUUAUAGAGCCAAAAGAGGCAAGAAAAAUCCGAACGAUUAUUUCGACGACUACGCUUGCAGCUCAGAUAGUGAUAAGUAUGCGAAGAAAAUGGACAACCGGGAUUAUCGAAGAAGGGGAGAGUCGGCUAGGAACAGCCAAAUGUAUAAGGACUACAAGGAAUGUAAAGGAAAACGGCCUUCGAAUAAAACAAACUCUUCUCGCCGUCAGUCAAAUGAAGCCGAUGUAUACGACUCGGAAUGUGACUGCCCAACAACGUCUCCGAAGCGAGGUGAUAAAAAGAAGUCUUCAAGGAAGCGAGAAUAUGUGUCAAAGGAAAGCGAUGUAUACGAUUCGGAAUGUGACUGUCCAACUAGUUCUCCCAAGCGAGGUGAUAAAAAGAAGUCUUCAAAGAAGCAGGAGUAUAAGUCAAAGGGAUUCGGUGUAUACGAUUCGGAAUGUGAUUGUCCAAUUAACCCUCCCAAGAGAGGUGAUAAAAAAAAGACUUCAAAGAAGCCAGAGUAUAAGUCAAAGGCAACCGAUGUAUACGAAUCGGAAUGUGACUGUCCAACUAACUCUCCCAAACGAGGUGAUAAUAAACUGUCCUCAAGAAAGCAAGAGUAUAUGUCAAGGGAAAGCGAUGUAUAUGAUUCAGAAUGUGACUGUUUAGCUAACUCUUCUCCCAAGCGAGGUGAUAAAAAGCGGUCUUCAAGAAAGCGGGAGUAUAAGUCAAAGGAAGGCGACGCAUACAAGUCGGAAUCCGACUGUUUUUGCAGUAGCGAUGAAAAACCACAAAGAAAUGAUCGGAAGCCUCCCCCAUGCCGCCCGCGACGUCGGUCUAGAAACGAUCAAAGAAAGCAGAAGAAUGAUUCACAGGACCAAAAAACGACUUGCAGAAAGAACCCCGUUACUAUCCCAAAAGAUGAAUUCAAAGAUUGUGAUUGCCAAUGCCAAUGCGGAGGAGAAAACAACACAACUCCUAAACCAAAGAGUAGUCAGGCUGAAAAUGGUUGUUCGUUCAGUUGCUGCCACAGUGAUCCUUACGCGCCACAGCCUCAGUCCUUCGACCGCAAUCCUGCAGGAAAUGGAAUUGGAUGUGGAUGCCUUUUUGAUGAUACAGUUCAAGUUCAGGCGGCUCUGAAACAACCAUCUGCGAAUGCCAACAAUCCAUGGCAGGCAUCCUAUACAUUUAACAUCGACUUGCCUCUCCCCGGGGAAACGAAAUUAGCGCCGGAACCGGAAUGUACUGUUCCUCUUCCUAGCAAGAAAAAAAAGCCUAGACCGGGAUCCGUUGGUCCCUCAAAGAAUGCCAGAUCCUCCAAGCAGAAAUCCAGAGCCGCCAGCCCCACGCACAACUCAGCGAAGACGCAGCCUGUUGAGCCGGCCAAGAAAAGAAUAACCUCCAGUUCGAAUGGAAGACGUAAUGCCCCGGAUGGAGCCAAACGGACCACGGACACAAGUGCAGCUGCCAACAGCAAGUUGCCCAAUGACUUAAACUCAGCCUUAUAUUUUAUUUGCAAAUUACAGGACGACAUUAACAGCCAGCAGUAUCUCGUUGUCAUACCAAAGGAGCCAAAUGCACGAUCCGAUACGCACCGGGCUGACCCAGGACAGGGAUCUUGGAAGCAGUUGCACUGCCAACGGCAGUUCUCCGGCUUCCAGAGCGUGUCCUGGGGCAAUCCAGCGUUCAAUUCAGUGUUGUCAUCGCCGCCAAAUCCUCCACUGGAGAUCUGUGACAUAAGUUCCUAUGCAAUGCCACCCGACAUGACAGACACCACGAUGGGCAUCGUGAAGAAGUAUCUAUCGCAGACCACUAUAAAAACCCAAGACUGCCUCAAGCCGGUAGUUCCUCCUCGACCGAAGCCGAAGACAGUUUUAUCUGGGCCAAUACGACGCAUUCCCGUUCAACGGCCAUCUACCAAAGCGAAUGCUUCAAUUCUGACUGAGAACCGGACCGUUCUGCUCACGAACAGUCCCUUUCAGAAUUUAAGUUUGGCUGAAGACAAGAAGGAAGUGAUUGUCCUGCAUCCUCCUGAUCCAAACUUUCGGCCCUCGAAAAACUCCCUCAACAUGGAAGUGCAGCGCAUUGCGGUGCGAAGCAGUGGCACCGAUGUGAAACCCAGGCCAUAUCCAACCAAAAAACUGCCUCCCAAACCGCCGACAAAGCCCAAAUGAAAGACGCUUCUGUGAUCAGUCCAUAGUUGUUAUGUCUUCACACGUACUUCCCUGGCCACGGCCAUCGAAUCAUAUAAAGAAUAGUACCCAACCGAAGCGCUGGACUCAGCUGCCUUUUAUUCAAUGAGACAAUAAGGACUUUUGAGCCAGGACUCCAGGGGCGUCAUGCUUCGCCGCCCCAUUUGGUGGCGGGAAAAAUUCAAAAAACUGUUUCGGGGUUAGCCCAAAACUUGCAUUCCCCUAUCAAUGAACUUUUUAGUAAUUAAUUUACGAUAUGUUUACGUACCCAUUGAAGCGUAGCCAACGAUCUGUUGGUCAAUU